AUGGAGAAGAAUCCACGAGAAACUGAAGAAAGAAGAAACUCUGACUCACUUCCUCUGGAUAUGCUGUUCGAUAUCCUCUUGAGGUUGCCGGCCAAAUCCGUAGCGAGACUCGUUGGCGUAUCAAAGUUAUUUGCAACAAUCAUCCGAAGUAAAGAUUUCACCAGAGCCUUCAGGCUUCGAUCUUCGAAGCAGAAGCAACGUAUUCUCUUAGCUUUCACUGAACUAGAUAAAGAAAAGGGACGCGAGAACUGUAUGGCUUGCCCUGCCCCGGAUAUUCGGUACGAUCGACCUGAAUGCGUACAUGGGUUGGUAAGUUUUGUCUAUGGUGGGGAACAAGUCAUAUGUAAUCCAAGCACGGGAAUAUCCAUUACCCUACCUUUAGUCAAAUCAAGAAGAGUUCUCAAAAGGUAUUUAGGGUAUGAUCCUGUUGAUGGCCAAUUUAAAGUAUUGUGCGUGACGGAACCAAUCUUUAGUACCGAUAUGCGAGUUGCAGCUAGUGAGUGUGUAGUGUUUACAUUGGGAUCAUCAUCAUCAUCAUCCCAUGAUCAAAACUCAUCAUGGAGGAAGAUUGAGUGCAGUAGUCCUCACCGUCCUCGAUCUAACGGUGUUUGUAUUAACGGAGUUUUGUAUUACUAUGCUAACAUGGGCACGAGAACGAUGGAACGUCCUAGCUUAGUGAGAUUCCAAGUGAGGUCUGAAGAUUUUGAUUUUCUCACUAAACUGCCUACGGAGGAUCAAUAUUGGAUUAGAACUGGUCCAAGAUUGAUCAACUACCAAGGGAAAGUAGCCUUAGUCAAUGGAAUUCGAACGACAUUUAGUUUGUGGGUCUUGGAGGAUUUCGAGAAACAAGAAUGGGUGGAAGUAACUUUAUCUCUCAGUCCUUGGAGAGGAGAAAUUCGGUUGCGUCCUUUAGACGUUAGAGGCACUACUCAGACGGGUGAGAUAAUAUAUGCAUCGUGUGAUGUAGACGACUUUUAUCUUCUCCAUCACGACCGUAAGAUGAAUGAUCUUAACGUGGUUGAGAUUGAACUUGAAGAAAGCUCAGAGUAUGAGUUUGGACGAUUUGGUGGGGUUGUUAGUUUUUUGGAUUAUGUAGAGAGUAUUAUGCUUUCAUAA